UCCUCUUUCUCCUCCUUCUGCCUGCCCACGCCGCCGCAGGCGGCGUGGGCGGCAAGUGGGACUUGCUCCUCUCCAAUGUCGGAAUCUCAGCCAUGCACAUGCAGCUCCUUCACACGGACCGCGUGGUCAUGUUCGACCGGACCGACUUCGGCCCCUCGAACAUCUCCCUCCCGAACGGCCGGUGCCGCCAUGACCCGGACGACAAGGCCCUCCCAGUCGACUGCACCGCGCACUCGGUCGAGUAUGACGUGGCAGCCAACUCCAUCCGCCCCCUGACCGUCCUCACGGACGUCUGGUGCUCCUCGGGAGCCGUCUCCCCGGACGGCUCCCUGGUCCAGGCAGGGGGCUAUAACGACGGCGAUCAUGCCGUCCGCACCUAUAGCCCCUGCCCGGACUGCGACUGGGAGGAGCUCAGAAACGGGCUCUCCCAGCGUAGGUGGUACGCCACCAGCCAAAUCCUCCCGGACGGCCGCCAGAUCAUCGUUGGCGGCCGGAGGCAGUUCAACUACGAGUUCUACCCGAAGAAAUCCGAUACCUCCUACAACCUCCCCUUCCUCGUCCAGACGAACGACCCUCGCCUCGAGAACAACCUGUACCCAUUCGUGUUCCUGAACACGGACGGGAAUUUGUUCAUCUUCGCCAACAACCGAGCGAUACUGUUCGAUCACGCGAGCUCGGGAGUGGUACGGACGUACCCGACCGUCCCGGGCGGGGACCCGAGGAACUACCCGAGCACAGGCUCCGCGGUUCUGCUCCCGCUGGGGAGCAGAACCGGAGCCGAGGUGAUGGUGUGCGGCGGCGCGCCGAAGGGAGCGUUUAUCAGAGCAAACAAUGGUGAUUUUGUAAAGGCGCUUGACACGUGCGGGAGGAUCCGGAUAAACGACCCGAAUCCCCAAUGGGUCAUGGAGACCAUGCCCCUGGGUCGGGUCAUGGGUGACAUGUUGCUUCUGCCAGAUGGCAAUGUUUUAAUUAUCAACGGGGCGGGUUUAGGCACGGCCGGGUGGGAAAUGGGCCGAAACCCGGUUUUAUCGCCGGUUUUAUACUACCCGAAUAAGCCAUCCGGGUCAAGGUUCGAGGUCCAAAACCCGACAUCGACCCCUAGAAUGUACCACUCUGCUGCGGUAUUACUUCGCGACGGUCGAGUCCUCGUUGGUGGAAGCAAUCCUCACAUAUAUUAUAAUUUUACUAACGUAAAAUUCCCGACGGAUUUAACUCUCGAAUCGUUUUCACCGCCGUAUUUGGACCCUCGGUUCGCGUAUCUGCGGCCGAGGAUCAUUACGCCCGUAUCUGAAUCCGUAUUCGGAUACGGGCAACAGGUUACGGUCCGGUUCAGCAUCCCUCCGGGCCGGCUAGACAGAGGCUCGAUCACGGUGACGAUGAUUGCGCCGUCGUUUGCGACUCACUCGUUCUCGAUGAGUCAAAGAUUACUAGUCCUUGACCGUGGGGAUGUGACUCCGGUCGGAAUAUCCACUUAUCGAAUUCGGGUUGGAAUGCCGGGUUCGGGCAAUCUUGCACCGGCUGGGUACUAUCUUUUGUUCGUGGUCCAUAGAGAUAUUCCGAGUGAGGGGAUUUGGAUCCGUAUCAAUUGAGUGAAUUCGGGUCGGGUCGGCCUAAUUGGUUUGGUUUUUACUGAGGGGAUGUAAUUAGAUACAUAGUAUUAGUAUUAUUUGUGACAAAUGAUUCAUUACAAGGGAAAUAUUUGUAUACACUUUUAUUCAGAAUUAUU